AUGGCGGCCAUCCGCCAAAUAAGCUCUCUCGAUGUGCUCUUCCUCCUCUGUUGCUGUUGGUUGGUGUACAAGCUAUUCCAUCGCAUCCGCCGCAAUACGAAGACGGUUCGCCUGAAUGGUCCUCAAAGCAAGAGCUGGAUCUUCGGCGUCGGAAAGUACGUCUCCGACCAACCUGAUUCGGGCGCGGUCUACGAGAAAUGGGCGUCAGAGUAUGGGCCCGUAUACGAAGUGCCCGCCGGACUCGGCUCGCGCAAAGUUAUCCUAACAGACACCAAAGCCAUCUCGCACUUUUUCAGCAAGGAAACUACGACGUACGUGCACACGCCGCAUGCAAAGCUGGUCAUCGAAGGGAUCGUGGGGCGCGGGCUGCUAUGGGCCGACGGCGAGAGCCACAAGCGGCAGCGCAAGGCUGUCUCUCCAGCUUUCAGUAAUGCGGCUAUACGUAGAUUGACUUCCGUGUUCUAUGAUUCUGGGUACAAGCUCAAGGAAGCGUGGGAUGGCAUCCUUCAGUCGAGCUCUUCAGAUGAGGUUAUCAUUGAGGUGCAGAGUUGGAUGAACCGCGUCUCUCUGGACAGUAUUGGCAUAGCCGGUUUUGGCCAUGACUUCGGCGCCCUCCGUGGCAAAGAAUCAACAGUAGCACAAGUCUUCGACGCCUUCAACACCCUCAAGCCGUCGUUCUUCGCCAUUGUCGGGUUCAUACUGGGGCCCACGCUGCCGAUCCUCGCGAAGCUGCCCACGGAGCGCAGGGCGCUUACCAUGCGCUGGACCUCGAGCGUCGCGCAGAUGGCGGCGGAGUUGCUCGAGCGGGUAAGGAAAGAGAAUGAAGAGGGAGUGAAGACGGAAGAGAAGUCUAUCAUUGGUCUUCUUCUCAAGGCAGAGAGUGCGGACUCAGACUUGAGAAUGACACAGGAAGAAGUGAUGGCCCAAAUGAAAGUCCUCAUUCUUGCUGGCUAUGAGACCACGUCUAUAAGCCUUACGUGGGCACUGGUUGAACUGUGCAAGAAGCCGGAGACUCAAGCGAAGCUGAGGGAAGAGCUCCUUACUCGCUUCCCAACGUCAGACCCUAGCUGGGAUCAGCUGAUGGGCGACUUGCCCUUCCUCGACGGGGUCGUGCAUGAGGUGCUGCGUCUCCAUCCGCCGGUAGACCAAGCAGGCCGAGUGGCAAGUGAGGACGACGUCAUCCCACUCAGUGCCCCUAUAACAGCGGGUUCAGGCGAGGCCAUAGACCGUCUGCCGGUGGGCAAGGGCACACUUGUGACUGUGCCAAUCGCGUGCAUGAAUCAUUCAGAGGCUGUAUGGGGACCGGAUGCGAAGGAAUUCGUGCCAGAGCGCUGGCUGGACAAUGGGAAAGCCCUGCCGUCCCGAGCCCAGGAGCUCCAAGGGCAUAGGCAUCUACUGACCUUCAUUGACGGACCGCGGAUCUGUCUUGGUAAGAAUUUUGCUCUAGCUGAAUUCAAGGCGGUGUUGUCUGUGUUGAUUCGAAAUUAUACGUUCGAGUUCCGAGACGGCCCUAGGACUCAGGUGGAGAAGGCGAGAGCUAUGCUGCCCCGUCCCCAGGUGGUGGGUGAGACAGCGUGUCGCGUACCUUUGCGUGUCCGGCGUGUCCAGUGA